AUGAAGAGCCUGGGACCGGUGGCCGCCACCGCCGCGCCAGCGGGCAAGCGUCGGUGGCGGUGCGUGGCGGCGACGGGGGCCGCGUUGGCGCUGGUCUUCUUCUCCGUCGUCGUGCCCUUCGCCGUGCUCCUCGGUCUCCACACGCGCUUCCCCUCAAUGUACUUGGUCGACGAAAGCGCGGUGUCGGUUUAUGACGGCAGCGAGGGUGGUACUUGGCAGCAGGUUCCGUCGGAGGAAAAUGACAGCUCGCAAAUCAACAAUACCGUGAAGGAGUUUGUACCGCCUACUUCGAAGGAGUGGACAGACACAAAUGGCAGUCCAUCUGACAAGGUUAUUGGCAGCCAACCAGAGCUUUGCAAAUUUAAUGAAGAUAUCUCAAUUCAUCCAGCUCCUCCUUUCCAACAAGCUACGACUUUGGAAAGUUCUAUGCUGCCCAAUAUUACUAACAUUGAUUUGAAGGACAACUUUGAACAAGGUUUACCUGGUGAUGAGAAUGGAACAUUCUGCCAGGUUCAAUUUGGAAGCUAUUGUCGUUGGUCUGUAGAACAUAAGGAGGUCAUGAAAGAUUCUAUAGUGAAGAGACUUAAAGAUCAGCUCUUUGUUGCAAGAGCUUACUAUCCAAGCAUUUUGAAACUUGACGGCAUGGAAAAGCUUUCACGCGAAAUGAAACAAAAUAUCCAAGAACUUGAGCAUAUGCUUAGUGAAGCCAUAUCAGAUGAUGAUCUUCCUAAAUUGCUUGGAGUUCAGACAUUACCCAAGAGCCUCCACUGCCUUUCAAUGAGAUUGACAGUUGACUACUUUAAUUCCUCAGCUGACAUAGAGCAUUCAGGCGAGAGAAGCUUGAAAAUCCUGCAUUGCUUGCACUACAUUAUUUUCUCCACCAACCUUCUUGCAUCAUCCAUGACCGUCAACUCAACUGUGAUAAAUUCUGAGGAAUCGGCAAAUAUGGUUUUCCAUCUUGUCACUGAUGCACAGAACUUCUAUGCAUUUAAGAACUGGUUCGUCAGAAAUGCUUACAAGGGAGCUACUAUCAAUGUCCUUAAUUUUGAGUAUUCUCAACUGAAGAAUUUGGUUAAUGGGAAAGUUGAACAGCUAUCAACAUCUGAGGAGUUGCGCAUCACCUCCCAUAGCAAUGCUCCAACGCUAAACACCCUUCUGAGAACUGAAUAUAUUUCAAUGUUUGGGCACUCCCUGUUCGUGCUUCCUGAAUUCUUUAGCAGUCUUAAAAGGGUCAUUGUCCUGGAAGAUGAUACUAUAGUCCAGAGAGACUUGUCGCUCCUGUGGAACCUUGACCUAAAAGGAAAAGUGAUUGGUGCUGUCCAGUUUUGUCGAGUAAGAUUCGGUCAACUCAGGGCAUACUUGCAUGAUUUCCCCUAUAAUUCCAGUUCGUGCAUAUGGAUGUCUGGAGUGACUGUUAUUGAUCUCGAUAAAUGGAGGGAACAUGAUGUCACUGGAAUUCAUCACCGGAUACAAAAGAAGCCCUACUACGGACUCACUCACGGUGCUAUAAAGAAAGCUGCCAUAUUGCACUACAAUGGUAACAUGAAACCCUGGUUAGAACUUGGGAUACGCCGGUACAGGAAAUACUGGAAGAGGUACCUGCCGAGGGACGAUCCAUUUAUGAUCGAUUGCAAUGUAAACCCAUGA